CGGCGGGCGCCUCGCCGGGAGAGGUGCCCCGUUUUGUUUUUUCCCGCCCGGCUUCAUUAUUGAUGGCAUCGGGACGGUAAUGCGGAAGCAUGUGUGAACGUUUCAUUACAAAAGGUGGACGCGGCUCGUGUUAAUAUUGCAGACCGGCCGGACCCGACCGGACGGGUGGACGCCUCGGAAAAAAAAACUUUUACUCACUAAAAAAAAAUUUUAAAUUAACAGCCGCAAUUAAAUUUCGGAAUUUCGGGUUCGGUCUUAAGAAAAAUAAAGUAUAGUAAAGUUAGUGAGGGCGCGCGGCGCGGAACUAUCGGGACGCGUGUCGGGGAAAGUUUCAGUCGAACUUGGAGCAAAGUUUCGUCACGUGCGUGUGUGGCCAUCGGACCGGUCGCCUGACGGAUUGGCCGGCCGGUCGCGGCUCGCCGGUCGCGCUCGUAAACCGAGUCCUCGCAAACUCGCCGAAUUCUAUCCCAAUUUUACUAUUUGAAUAGUUUUUAUUGGUGCAUAUUUUGUCAACACUCGGAUUAAGUUUGUUUAUUUGUCCGUCGUGUUCUGUUACCGGACUUUGCUUCUCAUAUAGUGACUUUGUUGAAGUUUUGUUGAUUGUUUUUGUUGAGUUACAUUUUUGUGCGCCCGACGCCGGCCGAUAGAAAAGGUUUACACAUACAAGCUAAAAGGACCUCUGUUAUAUUUAAGAUCACAUCACACAUGAAUCCAUAGUCGUCAAAAUGGUGGACACACAGCAUUUCUGCCUGCGCUGGAACAACUACCAGAGCAGCAUCACAAGCGCCUUCGAGAACCUUCGCGAUGACGAGGACUUCGUGGACGUCACCCUCGCCUGUGAUGGCAAGAGUCUGAAGGCGCAUCGAGUGGUCCUGUCAGCCUGCAGCCCUUAUUUCAGGGAGCUAUUAAAGUCGACGCCAUGCAAGCACCCCGUGAUAGUCCUGCAAGACGUGGCGUUCACGGACCUGCACGCGCUGGUGGAGUUCAUCUACCACGGCGAGGUGAACGUGCACCAGAGGAGCCUCUCCUCCUUCCUCAAGACAGCCGAGGUGCUGCGCGUCUCCGGCCUCACGCACAAUGAGAAUGCACAGGGGCCCCUGAUGCAGCCAGCACGCGCCCCAUCCACGACGUCGCCGCACACGCCGCCGCACUCCGCACACAGCACGCACAUCAGCCACACGCCCUCCUACGACCGCCUGGAGGAGGCCCUGCUGCAGCCGACCAGCUCCAGCGUGCAGCAGCUCAUGCGCCGCACGCCGCUGCCCCCGCGCCGGCUCAGCCGCUCCGCCGACAACAGCCCUGACGUCAUCAAGCGUCCCCGCCACGACAAUAAUAACGAACAGCCCCAGAUCCACGACUUCUCUACAAAGAACAACACCCACGCCCGCGCCCACAACGAGACGGGCAACAACGGGAACGGCAUCUCCAACAGCAGCUCCUCACCGUCUCCGCGGCUCAUGGAGGAUGUGAAGAACGAGCCCAUCGACAUGAUCUGCCCAUCCAACCCGGACAUCGAUCGGAGCACGGACGACACGCCGCCGCAUCACCACAGACCACUUGGAGGAGGUCCGCCGUCUCGCGGCAGCUCUGCUGAUGCCGAGGAGUGCACGCCGCCCCCACACCCGCCGCCGUUCAUACAGCCACCAGACACGAAGCUCUUCAACCCGGCCAACACAUACAACUUUACUAUGGAGGCUCUCUCGCAUCCAUCUUUGACUGGUCUCCAAAGUCCACUGGCUCCGGACGGCAUCGCAAGCACUUCUCAAGCAGUCCCGCCCCUCCGUAUGCCCCCGCCCACCGCCGGCGGUAUCAACGAGCCACAAGAGUGUCCUUACUGCCGCAGGACAUUCUCUUGUUACUAUUCCUUGAAGCGACACUUCCAAGACAAGCACGAGCAGUCGGACACGCUGUACGUGUGCGAGUUCUGCCACCGGAGGUACAGGACCAAGAACUCGCUGACCACGCACAAGAGCCUGCAGCACCGCGGCUCCAGCGGCAUGCUGAAGCGGCUGCUGAAGACGUCGGCGCUGCACUCGGCGCUGGCGCCCUCCCCGCACCACCUGUUCGACCUGGGCGCCGACCACGGCCCGCAGCUGCCGCCCGGCCUUCAAUGACCUCAGACCAUGGCUUAGACCGGUGCCAGAGGUCCCUGUUCCAAAUACACUUGGCCGCCUCGCCAAGUCUAUUUGUAAUACGGCUAGACGACGCGCUUACGACUCGGACAGCAGCAAAUGUGCAAUAUAACGGACAAUGCCAAAUCGGCGCAGGCUCCGGCCGCGCCCAUGGUUAAUCGUAUUAUAAUUAGUAAAAUAUUGACGUUAGGAUUAAAAUUACAUAAACAGUAUUGUCGCACGCGGCCGGUAGAGGUCGCCUAGUGUACGCUUCGACGAUCGGACUUCGCUUUGUGACUAGGACGUAACAGUUGCGAGUUACGGCAUUUUCUAGUGAAAAUGUUCCAACAGUGUUCAUACGACAAUGUAAUCCAGAGCAAUACUAAAGUAUUCAUAUUUCUAGUACUGCCAAAUUAUGCCAACUGUAUUCUAAAGAGAAAUACAUUUUUUAAAAUCACUUUUCGAUAAAUGUCUAGUGUCAAAUUAGAUUCGAUAACUGUACAAAUUGAGAACGUACAAAUUUUAAACCGUAAAUUUUAAAGAAAUGCAAAGAAAAUAUUUUUUACUGAAACUUUUUUCGGAACGCCAAAUCUAAAUUAAUUAAAUGAUACAGAUUAUUUAGCGGUUAAUUACAAAAAUGUUUAGAUUAAAAGUAAAAAAAAAAAUGUUGAUGUUGAGUAAAAAAUUAAAGACUUCUUAGAAUCUGAUUUCGAAAGUACAAAGUGUAACGUCUAACAAUACCUAAUGUAUGUGCGUUUGGCUUCAGUAAUAUAUGAUUAUGAUCAAUGUGUAAGUAGCCGUGCCUUCGUUCGUCUUCGAAAUAUAAAGAUGAAUUUCUGAACUGACGAGGUAUGCGCAAGAGACGGUUCAUGGACGAAUCAAUGUUGGCGGUGACGUUUCGAAAAGGGAAAAUGCUGUAGGGUUGCCAGACUCCGGUGGAAUCCUUGAAUACAGGGUUAAGAGUGAGUAAACAGUUGUAGGAAAUAGAGGCGCUGGUUUGCCAGAAAGUGGGUCUUCGAAAAGCAGUUCGACGAUCGUAUACGUGUGCAUGAUUACAAAUCAUGAAACAAUCAAACAUUAAUUCUUCUGUAUAGAAAUACGUAGACUCUAGGUAUUAAUUAAUAGAAUUAUAUUUAACCUGUAUCCAUUUUCGGAUUUCUCUCUAUGAGUGUAUAGUGGUUCUUAUUUAAAUGUCGACCAACGUAGCUGAUGUCUCGUUAUUGAAAAUUUAUUAGAUUAUUAUUAUAUUAUUCUCAAAAAUCUUAGGAUUACCUAACCAUAAGAUGGCUGCAAAUUGUAUAAAAAUUUAUUUUAUUUACUUAUAUCGUAGAAAAUUGCUUGCGAACCGCGUUUUUCAGGUAACACAACAUAUCUCUUCAGGGUUAUCGAAAGCAAACAUUUCGAUCACGGGAUCGCGAUCCAAUCUCUAACCACAUAUCACAAACCAUGAAUAUCUUUAAUAAAGGAAAGUAUUUUUAACACCGUGAUAUUUCACAAAGCCAAAGAAAACAAGUUAAUGUGAAUAAUACUUGCUGACAUGCAUUUAUUCCCGUAGAAUAUGACAACUUUCUGAACAAUGUUGAAAUACUGAAAUGUAUUGUGCCAUAUCCAAUUUACACGUUUCAUAGAAUUAUCCAAACCCUUGGGACAUAUCAAUGUCACUGUAAGUGAAGUUAAACUCCGACCCAGCCGGGACACACGCAGUGUACCGCAGAGUACAUGCAACAUGCAACAUGCAACGCCAGGCACCAAUGCAUCUACUCACGUUGUUUUAGAGCAAUCAACAUUAUAUUUUUGCAUUUAUUUUUCCAAUGUUAAGCAACUUGGGUAUAGGAUCGUAACGUAGGGUUUUUUGUAUUUUUACUUUCUUUUCGGAAUGUUACAUAUAUGUGUACUUUGUGAUAUGAUAUACAUUUAAUGAGAAGUUGUUUGGUAUAUCCAGAUAUUUUAACAUUUAAGUUUUAUCAUUUUAUCCUCAGCUUAAAUAGAUGUUAAUGUCGGGUUGAUUUAAUAACAAGUGAUUGUUACGUGGACAUUAGCCGGUAAGCCCGUAUACCUCCAUUCAAGUAGUACCUCAACUAUUAUAUUAUUUUGUUUUAUUAUUUUUAUUUCAAUGUUACAGGCUGUUUAAUUUUUAAUGUAAACGGAACACGUCGACGGAAUAUUUUCGGAAAUAUAAAGAUCAUAGCAUCAUUUAGCUGGAGCUUAGAAGGAAAAAGCAAGCGGGUAGUUUGAAUUGUAAAUAUAAGUUAGAUAACUUACACAACUGAAGUAUCGUGGCAUCGCUCGGGAAUAGAAGCCUCGUGAUAUUAUUAACUAAAUAGUAAAUAGAUAAAAUCAUUAAUGGAAAGGAUUUUUAUAUAUUCUACUAAUGGAUUUAUUCAUAGUGAAACUUAGACUUAGUCUUCAUAAUGUUUUUUUAAUGUUUGUGUUUAUUGUUUUCGCUGUGCAAUGAUUUCUUAUUGGUUUGGCUGUUUAUUGAGCUUAUUGUUGACUGCUUCGUUGAAACAUUGGAUUAUACAUCCCCACAUUUAUUUUGUGGUUCGAUUUUUUGGAUGAAUUUUUCUAAAUUGAUCUCAAAUUGACAGCUGCGUACUACAUCAAUUUUGGAGACAGCCGUUGGUGAUUGUUGUUAGGUCUUAUACUAUUGUGAAAUUUGUGUUAAGUUUGGAUUAUGUGUCGGCAAAAACGGAGGAACAGAAAUCGCAGCGUGAAAAAAUUAAAUAAAAAAAUACACAAACACACAAUCGCUAAACAAAAAAACAAUACAGCGAAACAAUAAUAAGUAAAAGUAUAUUUUGCAAUGUAUACCAAAAUACUGCAUUUUUAAAUAGUAAGAUGAAAAGUGAGAAAAUCUUUUUUUUAUAUAUAUUUACGUGUAAAUUAUAGCAGCCCUUUGAAUUCGCAAUAUAAUUUUUCGCUUGUUCGCCAGUUAAUAACGUUAAGUUUAAAGAAAUAAUUUUAUAAACCGACUGUGUUACUAAUUAGUGUAAUGCACAAAGUAAUCAACAACGGGAUGCCUUCUAUACAGUACAACUUUAACAAUAGCCUACACUAGAUAAAUAAAUAAGAAUUGUGCGUACUUUGGAAUGACCAUUUGGCCUUUUUUGACCGUCUCAAAUAAAUAGCACGAAAGGAAAUCGAAAGAAAAGAGUAUUCAUGCGUUAAUGCUCGUGUUUUAGACUACUUAUUGUGCUAGAUAGAUCUGGUAGCUAGCCACAUUUUACAGGCUCCACAGCCAGGUACCUCACGGUCUGCCCCCAAAUGUCAUUCCAAAGUAUUAUAUUGUCCGUUUUCCUUUGCAAAGAUCAAAUAACUUUCGUAUUCGAAUAAAUUAAAAUAGGUAACUGCCGAUUUAUAAAUUUCGUAAACGUUUUGAAUGAUUUUAUAGGGUUUUCCAUGAUUUUCCUUAGGAUUAUUCUUGGAUAUAAUAAUAAUUACCUAAUCUUAUGAUAGGCAGGUAACUUAAACUUGUACAUGAGCGAAGUUAAUACGUCUUUUACGGAGAACUCUCACCUGAAGUAUACAUGUUCACAAACCGCUUCACAAAACUGUUUUAUAAGAGAAUGAAAAUGCUUUUAUCAUAAGUAUUACCUCCUCUAAUUUUAAGUAUUACCUCCAGUUAUAUAAUUUAAUUUCUAAUGUAUUAGUUUAGAACGUGGGUUUGCCUGAACUAUUCAGGCCGAUGUAUUUAUGUAUGUAUUACAGUUACAACAUACAGACAGGACAGUGUUUAUAUUUAUCUAUAAUUAUAUUGUAAAUCAUGAACGAGAUAUAACAGUUGUUAAAUAGUAUUUUCCCAUACAAUCAUUUUUUGUUGAUCCAUUUCCAUGUUUAAAAUGCAAUAGUUAUUUUCCGUUAUUGUUUUAAUUGAAGAUGAAGUUUUCAAUUGAAACAGUAGCGCCACCAGAUCAUACAAUAGUUAUUUAUAUAUAAUUUAAAUUGCUCGGUCGGACGCGGGACAACCUCUUUUUAAGAAUAAAUCGACAGCUUUUUAUUGAGUACUUUUUAAUCGUUGCUCACAAAUUAUUAUAUACGAAUGUGUAGAGUUUCGUAUGCGAGUCAGAGUCGAUGUAUUCUUAAGUCAAUAGCUUUAAUAUUUAUAUCAGUAUCUUCCACUUUAAACAUAAUAUAAUUAUAAAUAAUUACAGUUAUAGCAAUAGUUCCCAAUUCGCCACAGUACCUCAAUAUACUAGUUACAUUUAUGUAUGAAUUUAUUAUAAGAUACAAUCAGCAGAUUUCCUGUUUUUAAUGUCAAUUAAGAUAUAAGAAGCUCUAUUUAUUACUAAUGUAAGUCUUAUUUCCCACUUUAUGUUUCUCAUCUCGCAUUUAUGCGACAUUUCGACUUCAAAAUUCAAUUCAAGCCCUCGUUAUAUGUUUGUAGUUUAUUAUUUUUUCUUCAUAAAGUUUCGCGUCAAAAACCCUAGUGCCAAAUAUUGACAAUACAUUACAAGUCACAUGUCAAAGAACUCUUUAUUAUAAUUUAAAGUACUAUAGUACGUCAGAGUAACACCAGGGUUGGACUCCCGACAUUGGUAACGAUAAUCAUCGCUUGCUAAGUCGUCAAUUUACUUAAUAGAUUCUCAACCUUAUCCUUUUGUCAUAAACUCGAAAAUCUAUUAAUGAAAUUCUCAACUUAGCGACUGAUUUCUUUCGUUACCAUUGCCUAGACUGCCAGCCCUGGUACCUACAGUAAAUAGUAACAUUAAUAUAGUUCCGUAACUCAAAGUGCACUUACAACUUUUUAUAUAAAAAUAAUAAGUAUUAUAUAAUAAGUAGUACAUGUGUCCCCCCGGCCGAGCAAUAUCGUUGAUACCCGUCUAUAUAACAGUACAUAAAAGAAAGUAUUUACAAUAUACACGCUAUGACAUACAAUAUACUGACAGUUAAAUACUAGAAGUAACUUAUAUCUACAGAUAAAGUAAGGCAGUGGUGCAGUUUUACCAAAAGCUGUUGUUUUUAAGCAAGUUUAUUAUACAAUCCGAGUGUUGAGUGCUGUACUGUUGAGCAUCGGAUGCCGUGGACGCGUGCGCAGCUCACGCACUGCGCAUGUGCUGUUGUAGUAUACUCAUUACUGAGUUGUUUUCCUAAUGUUUACGUUUUUAUGUUUUAGUAAAACUGUGCCGCUGUUUCUUGUUAUGCUCGGUAACACAUUUUAUACACAGAAAUAUUUUUUUACGAGAAAAAAAAUACAAUUUAUAUUGUGAAAGUUAAUUAAGUGGCAAUUCUAAUUUACUGCAUUAUAUUUUUGCUGACACACUUAGGAUUAGAUUUUUCUUUUUUUUUUCGUAAUUUAAUGUAUGCACGAUCUGCGUUUUUAUUAGCAUUGAUUUUCUUUUUCUUUAUAAGCUGGUGUCGCAGGUGACACUUGCGCUUGAUACAUAAAAAAAAUUGAAAAAUAAAAUUAAUAAUUUAUUGUAUUUAGAUAUUUGGUAAAAAACUAACAAGUCGAUCAAGCGUGAGUGCCACUUGCGACGAUUUAAUAUGCCUAAACUAAUAUUGUGUUACUAUGUAAAAGUUAUAGUUUGCCAUCGUUGAUCAAAGAUGAAAAAAUAUGUGUUAAAUUUAGUUAAAUGGAGUUUUGUUAUACUUUUAAAGGGUCCGGGGAUGUGGUGUGUACAAAAAUGAAUUAUAGUAUUGUGUAAUGAUCGAAUAAGGUUUAGAUGUGGGGCCGAUAGGACCUGGUAGGCUUCUCUUGACAGUUGUUGUAAGUUACACCUCAGUCGGUGAAGACACUUAAAGUACUAUUGUUUUAGAUACGAGGUCGCGGUAACGAAGUGGGCUGGGCAUACACUGGAGUCAUGAGCGCCGGCCCUGGGCGGGGAACUCAGCACGGGACGUCUUAGUGCCAAUAUCAUAGGUUUUAUAGUAUAUAUUGCAUAGUAUGUAAUCAUAAAAGGUUUCUCUCGUGGCUCAGUACGUGUUCAGUUCCUCGUUCAGUUCCAGCCUGUUGUAAAUUAAGUGUAACUGUGUAAGGAAUAAUUCGUGUAAAACACUUUUCGUAUGAAUGCAGUCAAAUCAAUCAGUAUUACUUAUAAAUCGCAAUAGUGGACAGUUUUGAGGAAACGUCCGACAUUUUUAAUAUUAAUAUUAAUAGAGAGACAGUAGGGCCGCCUGAUUCGUAAUGAGUACAUUACUUGUUGGAAAGGGAACGUGGAAAAUACUCCGGUAUAUAAGCCGCAAUGUACAACGAAUCGGUAAAUCUGCAUUGAUACUAAAAGUAGUACUCAUGAUGUCCAGUGAUGUUUACAAAGUGGUGUCUUUACUUGUUUUGAUGUUGUUGAUAUUUGUGAAUAAGGAAUCAAUUCGGGUUGAGUAGGACUGUCACGGGCACAGAGGCACACGAUUACAACACUGAGUUCUCAUUCCAUUGCGGGAUUCCUGCGGUCCUUAUCACGACAAUACUUUACGAAGCCGGUAAUGGAACGAGAAACGAGUUGAAUGAUCAGUGUAUCCUAAUGCCGUGAUGGUCACGUUGGUAGGAAGUUAGGAACAUAUCAGAUAGUCGGAGAACUUAGUACUGUAAGUAUCUUUGAAUCUGACUCUUGUCUAAACAAUACUGGAGAAAAUAUAUCGGUUAUUUUUAAGUUUAGGUUUCUUACAAAAUCUGCGUUUCGAAUUCUCAGCAACGUAUAACAGUUGAAUGUAAUAAAAGUAUAAAAUAAACUCGCAGUGAUUCCAUUGAUA